AUGGCGUGCAUCUCAUUAUCGGGGUCCACGGCUUGCCCUGCUUUCACAUCGUCGUCAAUAUCAACAAAUACGACCCUUGUUAACCUGUACCCGUUCCUUCAAUACGUAUCAGACAGAGCUUCUUUUGAUUCUCAGCUGGAGUCAUACGUGCAGACAACAUAUGUUCAGUCCAAGUACGAGGAUCUAUUAGGAUGCGAUGAUAUCAACCUCUCAAACACCGCGGACCUUUACGCACGAUUCACCAUAUCAGUGAUAUGCAACGGCAUUAUCCAGAACUCCGUCAGUGACUGUGGUCUUACCGGUGAUUCAGCUCGGCCUUUAUGUGCAGACUCGUGCGCUCAGUUCGCGGAAAGUGAGGCCUAUGUCAUCUCCGAUAGCGACUUGUGUGCAAAUCCCAGCAGCAACAGCGCUUCUCAGGUCCGCGCCGACUUCACCAACUGCGCUUUGCCUGCAGACUCUCUAUCCAGCUCUCAAUGUAUUACCGGAAGUUCCAACGAACCGGAUAACUGUGGAUACGGCAACAGCACGAUUGGAUUAUGCUCGUACUGCGCAUCUGGCGGCAUCAACUCUACUGAUACCUGCUGCUACAAUUCAGGCGCGGAAAGCCGCUGUGCAGGAGUUGUCCUGCCGUCUUUGACGACUACGAUCACCCUCAGCACCCCAACCGCCAGUUCCGGAGCUUCGCCUGGGGCGGCCGCAUCAAGCAAUGGAUUAUCAGGGGGAGCGAUUGCCGGUAUCGUGAUUGGGUCGAUCGCUGCGCUCGCUCUCAUUCUAUUCCUGAUCUUCCUCUGCAUCAGGAUGGCAAGACGCAGACGCGGCGAUAGCCAAAAGGGUAGCAUCUUCAACCAGCCCUCCCCUUCCAGGGGCGGACAGCCACCUGUAUCGCAAGUUGCAGCGGCACCACCUGCUGCCGUAGCCUCCUCCAAAGGCUACGAUGUUCUGCCAGGGGGCCGUAUAGCCCGCAUGUCGGCUCUGGAGGGCCACUCAGGAGACUCCCCUCCUAGACAUGGUGGUUCUGCCGGAGGUGCCGCUGCCGCUGGUGCUGCCGCCGGAUACAUGGCAGGUCACAGAAGACGUGACAACCACUCAUCCUCGAGUGAGUUUGGUGAGAGCCCUACAUCAGAUACGCCACGCGCGGGUAUUUUACGGCCUCCUCCCACGAUGAUGCGUAGGCAGGGCUCAUUGUCCAGCAACUCUAUGCUGUCAGGCGAACACCUUUCGUCACCCACUAGCGGCGGAGGAAUGUCCUCGCCACAAGGCGUCGCCAGCCAACAAUCCGAACAAUUACCAUUCUUCAAGGAUUAUUACUCACAAGACGACAUACACCCUGGAGACCGGGCUGCGGUGCUUUGGGCUUACCAGCCACGUGCUGCCGAUGAGUUUGCUCUGGAUCGUGGCGAUAUGGUGAAGGUGGUAGGCAUUUGGGAUGACGGCUGGGCGACUGGCAUUCUAUUGGACGAGCGAGCAGAUGAAUGGGAAGCUCGACGACAAUCACAGAGAGACAGCGGCGUUUCUAAUGCAUCGGGCCGAGGUCGCGAUGUCUCGCCUCCUGUGAGCGGUGAGAUCAAAGCCUUCCCAUUGGUAUGCGUCUGCCUCCCUGAGCACUGGAGGAAGACAAUAGAAGGUGAUGGGUCGACAGAGAGUGGCUCAAGCGCUCAUCCAGGCCACCACAUCUGA